AUGGGGGGAGAACGAGGCCUCGAGCAGGUACAGUCAGUUGCGCGGGACACCCCACCUGUCGCCACGAAGCAUCGCUCCGUGUUUCGCGGUAUCUCGAGCGCGCUACGGUCCAACCGAGCUCCGCAGGCCGCCACUGGCGCCACCGUUACAGCCUCUGACAGUAGCCGAAGUUCUAGUAGCGGGGCCCGCUCUUUAAAAUCGAAUAUUUCCGCCCCCGAGCGCAGCACUGUAUGGGACGCCCUUCAGAGGGCGCAACGCGGCGCAGCCCCCGCAGCCACCUCAGCAGCUGCUAGUUCCACGUCAGAACGUGACAAUCGGUCGUCAGACCGGGAAUUGCGGGAAGAGGAUAGGCCGCCGAGUCGGGAAACGCGGGGAGAGACACGGGAGGAGGAGUGUAGUAGCGGGGGCGAGGAGGUUACUUCUCGUUUUCGUGAGGAAUGGCGAAGCGAGAGAACGGAGUCGGAGGAAAGCCCGCACGGGCAGCAAUCGACGGCUGGAGGCCGCAUCAGCGCGCAAUCUCAACAGCAGGAACGGUCGAGAUUGCGGCAAGGGCAGCAUCCGCAAGGGCCGCCGCGAAAGGCAGGGUCGAACGAGCAGCAGCAGCGCCCGCCGCAGCAACCGCCGCAGCAUCCGCCGCUGCAGCAGCAGGUGCUGAAGCGCCAGACGCACGGGCAAGCUCCGCACGGCUCCCCUCAGGUCGCUCCGCGCGCGCGGAACGCGCAAGGCUUGGCGGAGGGCCUGGCGGAGGGGACGGAGCGCUCGACCAGCGCGCCGAGGGUGCACCAUGCGCGGAGAGCCAGCAGCGGCGCAGCGCUUGCGCUGCCAUCGGCGCAGAACGCGGGUGAGGGGAGGAUGGGGGGCUUGCGGGAUGGCAGCCCCGCGAAACCCAUAAGCGGACGCGGGGGAAGAGACGGGGCUUCCGCGCAAGCGGAUUUCGAGCCUAAGCGGAGCCACCUUUUCCCCAUGCAGCCCCCCCAACCGCAGCAGGCAGCCAGCGCGGGCCCGCGGGCUAAAGCUGGAAACACCCCUCCGCGAUUGAGGCUAGAUCGCAUGGGGAGUACGGGAUUCCUGGCGGUGAGUCCCCAGAACCGAUCCCCUGGUGCGACAGACAUGCUGGGGCGGCCGUUCCCCGUGAAGCAGGCUCCCUCCCGCUCCAGCUCCGAGGCCUCAGACGCGGACGGGGAGGGUGAAGGCGGAACGGGGAAGGAGGGGGGUACGGGGGGGGGAGGAGCUAAAGGGGAAGCGGGGCUGCGCAAGGGGGAGGGUGCUGGGGGGGCGGGGCAGGGCGGGGGAAGCGGGGCGGGUGGGCCGGAGAUAGUGGUUGGUGAUGUGCUGAGCAUGCUUCCCGACAGCAUAACGAACAUGUUCUUCACGAGUAUAAAGUCUGAGCCGCCCAGUCCAGUCCCUUUUGGAACCCCGAUAUCCAGCGGGACCAAUCAGACAGGCAGCACGUCUAAGCAGGCAAUUAAAGACGUCUCUAGAGGGGCGGAAUCAGCAUCAGAGGGUGAUGAGGCGCGGCCCGUUCAGGACAUGGCGAUUGCAUUCGCUCUGCCCAACUCCCACAGCGACAGCAGCAGCACAGGAGACGUGUCUUUCCCCUUCCCCUCCUCCUCCCACACCCACCACCAACCCCCCGUUCAAACCCCUUCAUUCCCCUCCCGCCCGUCCCACCACCCGCCCAGAUCCCACCUCCCCUCAGCCUCAGUGGACCUCGACCCCAGAUCCCACCUCCCCUGGAACCAGCCGCCUGACGCCUCCCCCAUGAGCCUUGCUGGCUGGUUCCCCUCCUCCUCCUCCUACCAGGAACCUUCCGAGCACUCAAUUCCCUCUUGGGAGGUGACUGCAUUGUUCGCCACUCUCCCUCUCGCUCUCGCUUUGCUUGUUAUCCAAUCUGGUUUGUUCCCACCUGCCAUCCACUCUCUCUCGCUCACCCGCGUGCCCCUAUCUGCUGCCAUCUCCCCGUCCCCCGAGCAGCUGAGUGGCAGUGAGUCGCGCCUGCAGAGGCGCUUCUCAGACAAGUCCCGCGCGCCCCUCCCCCCCCACUCCGCCCGCAACUCCACCCCUCCUCGCCUCGCCCCCCCUGCGCCCUCCGCCCCGCACCACUCCUCUCUCCGCCCCUCCUCCCCCUCUCUGCGCUCCUCCUCCCCCUCCAUACGCCCCUCCUCCCCGUCCCCCCGCUCUUCCGCCCCCUCCCUCCGCCCUCCAUCCCCCUCACCUCGCCCCCCCUCCCCGUCCAUCCGCCCCCCGUCCCCCAGUAUGCGCCCCUCCUCCCCCCCCAUGUCCUCCCCCUCCUCCAUCACAUCAGCUUCUAGCUUUGCCUCUUCCUCCCUUGCUUCCUCCGCUGCCCCCCCUUUGCUCGCCAAAUUCCCACGAAGUGCCUCCACUGCCGGAGCUAAUGCCCCUGUAGGCCCGGUUUACUCCGACCCUACAAUAGCACCUUCCAGUCGCAACAGAUUCCCCAAGCCUCACGCCGAACCUGCCACAUCCACAGGUUCGGCAGGCUCCUCCACGUCGCCGCCUCUUGUCAGCCUUGACCUGGGCGCAGGGUUGGGAGUGGGGGUGAGCACUACAGGCCGCGCUAGUAUUGAUGGUCCCGGGCUGGCCAGAGGGGCAGGCAGGGAGCACAGCGGCGCAAGAGAGGGCGCAGGGAGGGAGGGGGCGGGGCGAGAAGGGACAGGGCGAGCGCAAGCAGCAGGGGGGUUGGGUGCGGUGGGGAGGGGCGGAAGUGGCAAGGGGGAUGGGCGGCUGCUGCGGAGCCGGUCGGGUGCUGCAGGGUUGCUGGAGGCGCAGGGCGACGGGGAGAGGGGCGAGACAGGUGAGAAGGGCGAGAGGGGAGAGAGAGGGGACAAUGAGAGGCGGCGGAGAGGGGGCGAGGAGGACAGGAGUGUAUCGGUGGGGCGGCGCAGGGAGGUGGGGUGGGCGGACCUGGACUCGCAGGUGCAGGGGGGAGGGGGGGAAGCAAGAGGCGUGGGGGAGGUGAGAGGCAUGGGGGGGAGGGAGACACUGAUGCGAGCAAGGUCGUCCCGGGAAGGUGGAGGGCGCGGGCUGCUAUUGGGAGAUCUGGAGGGGGGUGCGGGGGAGGAGCGGACAGGCAGGGCAGCUGCAGCAGGAGUGGCAGGGGGAGCGGUGAUGGGUGGGGGGAGGGCGAGGGGGGAGCUGCUGCGAUCGAGAUCGCAAAAGGAGGGGGGGUCAAGGGGAGUGAUGUUUGCUGACUCGCUGGACGAUUCGUGGAAGGAGCAGGCGAGUGAGGGAGUGAAGAGGCGACUGUCGGAUCCGCCCCGCGACCAUCAUGGGCAUGGUCAAGCGAGUCAACACGGUCAACAGGCCGAGGCCGCAGCAGCAGCAGCAGCAGCAGCAGCGAGGCGGCAUGCGAGAGAGGCAAGCGAGGACAUGGGGGACGAUGUGGUGGACGCCAGACCCCUCGUGCACGUCCCCGCCCCCCUGCUGCCGCCCUCCCCCCGCCCCUCCCUGCCCAGUCAAGGCAGUCAAGGCAGUCAGCCCGGUCAGACGAGCCAGCAGCAGCAGCAGGGGGUGCAGCAGCAGGGGGUGAGAGGGGGGGCACAUGCGAGGGAGGAGUCGAUGGAACUGGACGAUGACGUUGUGAAUGCCGUGCCGCUUGCGCCUCUAGACCGGGCCACUGCUGUUGUGGAUGAGGAGGACGAGGAGGAGGAGGGAGGUGACUUGGAGGGUGCUGUUGGUGUUGUGUCGCCGAGACGGGAGGGGGAGGCGGCUGUGUACGGCAGCUGGGCGGGAGGAGGGCUGGCUGAGAAUGCUGCCGACUCGCUACAGUCCCUCGCCGCCCAGGUCUCUGCCGGCCGAUUGCCGGCCAGGCCAGGAUCCAGUGGAGGGAACAGACCGGUCACUGUAGCCCCAGCUACAGUGGCCCCUGCCGCCCGGCCGUCCUCUCGACCAAUGGCGAUGCGGCCGGCAGCCCUGGAUCUCCCUGCCGGCCGGCCAGGGUCACCAUUGGCCAGCGGAUCAACAGCAGCAGGAGGAGGAGCAGGAGCAGGAGCAGGCACAGGUGGUGGCGGCACGCAUCCCUCUCAUCUCCCUGCUGACUCCGUGAGCCCUCCCCUCUCCAGCAGCCUCUCCCCUGCUGGCCUUAGCUCCCCUGAAUCCGCCCUCUCUAGCCCGCCCCUGGCGGAGGUGGCAGUGUGGGCGCCGGGGGAAGGGGGUGGUGUUGGGGGGGAGAGAAUAGGGUCCGGUGGGGGUGCUGUGAGCGGGGAAGGAGAGGGUCUGUCGUUUUGGGGGCAAGGGAAUGACCGGAACAGCAGUUUCCACAACCACUAUCAGCAGGAUGAGCAUCAGCAACAGCAACAAUGGCAACAACAAAGACAGCAGCAGCAGCAGCAGCAGCAGCAGGAGCAGCAGCGGCAGGAGGGCAGAUUAGAGCAGGGUCAAGGCGCAUGGCUGGGAGCAGCAACGAGCGAAGCAGGUGGGGGGGCGGGAGGGGCAGCGGGCGCAGGAGGAGGGGAGGUGUGUGGGAGUCCAGAGGGGUCGGUGGGGGUGUGCUCGCUGGUGGACGUGUGCUCGCCCGUGUACAGUGCCGAUGAGGGCAGCGUUGUCCUGGGCGGCGGCGGGCGGCGGCUGUCUCGGCACUCCAGCCGGGCUUCUAUUGGGUCGCCUGAGGGCGGCGCGGGCGGGGGCAGAGGGGGGAAGCGGGGCGCGUGGGGGGUGGGGGCGAUUUUGGAGGGCGGGGAAGGGGGGGUGAGUGGCGGAGGGGAAGAAGGGGAGGGGAAGCGGGCCAGGGUGAAAGUCGGGGAGAGGGGGAGGGAGGGGGAGGGGAAAGGGGAGGAGGGUGAGGGGGAAGGGGAGACGCAUGGGAGGGGCAGUCAGGAAGCUGAUGCGUUUGAGUUUGACAUGGAUGAUGCUGACGUGGCAGCACCCCGGAAUGACCCAGCUGGUGCUGACGUGGCACGAGACGGCCGGCCCUUGGCCAAUGGGGCAUUGCCAGGGGGGAUGGGUGGGGCAAUGGGGAGCGGCAGCAUGGGCAUGGAUGGUCACAUGCAUGGUGCCAUGCCCAUGGAUGGCUCCUCACACAUGAUGAUGAAUGGCAUACCCAUGCCUGCACCUAAUGGUGCCCCGCAAUUUCCCGGGCAGAUUUUCCCCCCUGGGAUGCUCCCAGACAUGAACGGGCAGCAGCAACUCAUACCCGGGCAGAUGUUUCCGGAUCCCUCUCAACCCUUCCCCCAAGGAGACCAACAAUUUCCCUUUCCCGGGCAGCCCUUCCCUCUGCCCGGAUACCCAUUCCCUCUCCCCGGGCAGCCCAUGCCGGAAGGCAUGCAAGGGCAGCUUCCUCCCGGGCAGUUCCCCGGGCAGCCGCCGGAAAUCCCCGGCUUCCCGGGCGUGUUUCCGGGCGGCAUGCUGCCGGGGCAGCUGGGCGGCAUGAUGCCGCCCGAGAUGCUCCCGGGGCUACAGUGCCCGAGAUUCAUUCUGCGCCGCCCGUACCGGAACAUCGAGCGCGAGUACAUGCUGCAGGAGAGGGCACCUCUGGGCACGGGGCAGUUUGGCAUCAUCAGGAGCUGUGUGAAGCUCAAGACGGGGGAGGUGCUGGCGUGUAAGAGCAUCAGCAAGAGCACCUUCCAGUACGCGGACGAUGCGGAGGCGGUGGGCAUGGAGGUGGCGGUGAUGGAGAUGCUCAACGGCCACCCCCACAUCAUCCGCAUGCGCGACGCAUUCGAGGACUCAAGGGACGUGCACAUAGUGAUGGAGAUGUGCACAGGGGGCGACCUGCACGACCGAGUGAAGACGCACGGGCCGUACAGUGAGGAGGGCGCGGCGCGGGUGCUGCGCGGGCUGGUGGAGGCGCUGCUGUGCUGCCACGGCAAGGGCGUCAUGCACCGCGACGUCAAGCCCGAAAACGUGCUCAUCUGUGACACCCAGGAUGACACGAGGGUCAAGCUGAUCGACUUUGGGGUCGCCACCUUCAUUGAGCCAGACGCGUCGUGCAUGGAGUUCGUGGGCACGCCCAUGUACAUCGCCCCGGAGGUCAUCACGGGCGCGCACGGCCCCGAGGCCGACAUCUGGUCAGCGGGCGUGGUCUUAUACAUCCUGCUGUGCGGCAUGCCGCCCUUCUGGGCGUCCACCAACGAGGCCAUCUUCCAGGCCAUCAAGGAGAGCGAGGUGUCCUUCUCCUCGCCUCGCUGGCAGACUAUAUCGGACAGCGCAAAGAACCUUGUAAAGAGGAUGCUUACAAAGGAUCCCAAGAUGCGCAUCCUGGGUGCUCAAGUGCUCGGUGCUGCUUGUGUUGUCUCGUUCAUGGAAUUUACAAGAAGCACUCCCACGCCUCACUUCCCCUCUUCUCUUCCCCCUCCACGGUCCACCUAA